AUGGCGGUUUCUCUCUCGUCAUCGUCGUCGACGAUCACUCCAAUAACUCUGCAGCCGAAGCUGAAAACGAUUCAUGGAUUACGGAGAGUAGUUCCUGGUUAUUCGAUCAAUUCUCACUUUCGUAAAAGCCUUACGAGUGUCUCUCUCCGGCGUAGCGCCGUUGUUGUGUCGGCCGUUACCGGCGCUUCAGGAACUGGAAUCGAGAAAGAGACGGUUGAUUUGCUUGAUACAGUGAAAAUAUUGGAUUCGAGAGGAAAUGAGCUUCCGAUUUCCGAUUUAUGGAAGGAUAGGAAGGCUGUUGUUGCAUUUGCUCGUCAUUUCGGAUGCGUGCUCUGUCGAAAACGAGCAGCUUAUCUUGCAGCAAAGAAGGAUGUGAUGGAUGCAUCUGGUGUUGCUCUUGUUCUGAUCGGACCGGGCAGUAUUGAGCAGGCUAACACUUUUGUGGAACAGACUAAAUUUGAAGGAGAGGUCUAUGCUGAUCCAAACCACGCAUCAUAUGAGGCGCUCAAGUUUGUUUCAGGAGUUUCUGUGACAUUUACCCCCAAAGCCGCUCUGAAGAUAAUAGAGUCUUACAUGGAAGGAUACCGCCAAGACUGGAAACUCUCUUUUAUGAAAGAUACUGUUGAAAGAGGUGGCUGGCAACAAGGUGGAAUCCUAGUUGCUGGGCCUGGAAAAAAUAACAUCUCUUACAUCCGCAAGGACAAAGAAGCUGGAGAUGACCCCCCUAUUGAAGAGAUCCUAAAAGCGUGUUGCGCUUGA